AUGCAGCCUUCAUCCACCCUGCUCUUCCUCCUCCUCCUCCCCCGGUUCGCCUCACCGGCCCCCCUCUGGCACCCCAAGACUCUGGGUGACUUCGGGGGCGAAGCCCUCCCCCGCCCGCUCUCUGCCGACGUCCCUGUACCCCCCAGUCCCCACUUCCCCCAGGCGGGGAUCCGCCCCCUGCACGACAGCCCCGAGCCCCCCUCCCUCAACCCCGCCUGGGCCCGCUUCUUUGCCGACUUCAUGAACGGCCAGAGGAAGUUUCGGGGCCGGACCAAGAAGGCGCCGGCGCCCCAGGGCUGCUUCGGGAUGAAGCUGGAGCGAAUCGGGACCCUCAGCGGGCUGGGGUGCUAA